CCCGCCUCCCUGCUCGGCUCCCCGGCGGCUGUCGGGCCGGUGCCGGAACCGAGGCGGCGGCCGCAGGAGGGGCAGCGGCGGCGGUGGGCGCCGCGGGCGAUGCCUCUGCCCGGCUGCUCGGGCGGGGGGCAGUGCGAGCGGCGGCGGCGCGGGAGGAGGCGGGGGGCGGCGGCUGCGGCGGCUGCGGCAGAGGGGCCGAGAGCUGGCGGCGGCGGUGGUCGUGAAGGGCAUCGGCGACGGCGGCGGCGGUGGUGAUGGCAGAGACGCUGUGAGUGCCUGCGGGCUGGGGACCCCCGGGGCUGCGGAGCCCGGGGAGGCCGGCGGGGCGGUCAGGGACGGCGGAGGGAUGCGGGGUGCAAGGCGGGCGCCGCCGAUGCUGCUGCUGCUGCUGCUGCUGCUGCUGCUGCUGCCAUCGCCGCCGCCGUCCGGCGGGAGGCCAGCGCCGGGAGCCGGCCCGAUGCUGAGGGGCUCCGGGCGGCGGGGGCUGCACAGGCCGAGGGGCGUCUGCGAUUGUUCUCACCCCUCCCCCACCCCACCCCGUGUGUAUGUCUCUGUUUGUCACUUGCAGCUGAAGAUGGAAAGAGCCAGGCGGAGGGGAGGUGGUGGUGGCGGCGGCCGCGGCCGCGGCGGCAGGAAUCUAGGGGGCUCUGGCCUAAGCAAGAGUAGACUGUAUCCCCAGGCCCAGCACUCCCACUACCCCCACUACGCAGCCUCAGCCACCCCUAAUCAGGCUGGGGGCGCAGCGGAGAUCCAGGAGCUGGCCUCCAAACGAGUGGACAUCCAGAAAAAGAGGUUUUACCUAGACGUGAAGCAGAGUUCCCGGGGCCGCUUCCUCAAGAUAGCCGAAGUGUGGAUAGGAAGAGGCCGGCAGGACAAUAUCCGAAAGAGUAAGCUGACCCUGUCCCUGUCCGUGGCCGCGGAGCUCAAGGACUGCCUAGGGGACUUCAUCGAGCACUACGCCCACCUGGGCCUCAAAGGCCACCGGCCCGAGCACGGCCCCAGCAAAGAGCAGAGCUCCCGCAGACGCCAGAAGCACCCGGCGCCCUCCCCGCCCGUCUCGGUGGGGUCGGAAGAGCAUCCACACAGUGUCCUCAAAACGGACUACAUAGAGAGGGACAAUAGGAAGUAUUACCUUGACCUGAAGGAGAACCAGCGGGGCCGCUUCCUGAGGAUUAGGCAAACCAUGCUGCGGGGCGCGGGCAUGAUAGGUUACUUCGGCCACGGCUUGGGCCAGGAGCAGACCAUCGUCCUCCCAGCCCAGGGCAUGAUUGAGUUUCGCGAUGCCUUGGUUCAGCUGAUCGAAGACUAUGGCGAAGGGGACAUCGAAGAACGAAGAGGCGGGGACGACGACCCACCCGAACUCCCAGAGGGGACUUCUUUCAGAGUGGACAAUAAAAGGUUCUACUUUGAUGUGGGCUCUAAUAAAUAUGGAAUUUUCCUGAAGCUCACAAAUUAUCCCAAAUCCAGAGAGAAUAUCAACCCUUUUCACUGUUGUCCAAUCAAGCAUAAGGAACAGGAUACUCCAAAGACAGUUGAGGAAUAAAGAAUAAAUCUCUCAUGUUACACUUCAGAAUAAAGGCAUUCGGUGAAAGAAAUGAACUGAAGUUCAUCAUGAAUGCAAGCCCUCUGUACUUGGCAUUCCUCCACGGAAGGGAAGACAAGUAUCAACAGCAUUGGCAUCAUUUUCAAACUGAUCUCCUGUGGUAUACCUUCUACCACACUGGAAUCCUUCUUGACUCUAUCAGGAUUUUGUCUUUUUUUUUUUUUGAUUCAUCAAGUCUUUCCGUUUUCAAAUCACCAUUUGUCAGCAUUGAGGGAGAGAGACCUAUAGAUUUGAAAAUACUUUCUUAAGAGAUCAUGUAACUCUAUAACUCUGAAUUUUAAAAAUUGAGGGGAGGGGAGGAAUAAUUUCAACCCACUCUCUCUUACAAGAAACAUUUUUUUAAAAUCUGUAACUGCUUUAGUGUUAACAGGGUACAAGGUGUUUUUCGUCCUGUAUUGUACUGAAAAGGUUCUCAUUGAUUGUGAUUGUAUUGUACUGUAUGAAAAGAAAUCAUAAAUUGCCUUGUAUUGCUCAUCACGGACCAUACCACACACCACUUCAGUUCUCAUGUUGCUGGUUUUUCGGUGAUGCAUGUUAACAGUUAGGUCCUAAAAUUGUGGUGCUAAUUCUUCCAUAUCCAAUGGUGCUUUUGUGGAUGCUAACUGCACACAUGCUGAACAAGGCUUGAAGUUUAAAACCUUCCUCCCUUCUUCUGUUUAUAUGAAAUAAAAUAAAAUAACUUGAAUUUGUCUCAAAGUAUCACUGACAAUCUAAUAAACUGGUUUAUAUGU